AUGAUAUCAAAUGAUACUAAUGAUCUCUACGGUGAUUCAAACAGUACCAAUGACUUCUACGAUGAUAAUAGUACGGACAUGCUCUUACAGCUAGAUGAUUCUCUAUUCAAUACAACUGAUAUGGUAAUGGAAAUAUUUGGAAAUGAAACUGACUAUGAAUACAUCAUUGAAAAUGGCACUAUACCGAAUGGCACUAUUCCAAAUGGAACAUAUAUAGAAGAUUUGACUGACUUUAGCUACAUGGGUAUGGGUAUACUUGGGUGGACUUCGUCCAUUAUGUAAGUUAUGGUAUUUUACUUGAAUAAUUAUAAAAGUUAUGAUAUUUUACUUAUCCAAUAGUACAAGUUAUGGUAUAUUAAUUGAACAAUAAUGUAAGACAUUGUACUUUACAUAAAUUUUAAAACUAAAACUAUUCAUUUCCAGCUUAAUACUAGGCUUUAUCUUUUUGAUCACAGCCGUGUUCCUAUGGUGGUGCCGAUAUCAACAAGAAUUGGACUGGGACUUCUACGAACGAUAUUAUACUAGGGUCUUGAUCAAGCUGAAACAAGAAGAAGAGCCCGAACCUCGUUCACGCUCAAUGAGGAUCGAAUAA